GCGCGCCGGCGCUGCCCGGCGGCGAGCCGCGUCUGAGGCCUCUCUGAGGAAGCGCCGGGGCUCCGGAUUGGCUGCGGGGCCGAGUGGGGCCGGGCGAGACCAGGCGAGGGGAGGGCCGGGGUGGCUGAAGCGGAGCGCGGGCCGCCGGCGGGUGAGCGCCUGCGCGGGCGGCAGCGGUAGGGCUGCACCUGCGGGCGGGGCAGGAGCGCGGAAAUGCCGCGGUGCCCGGGGCAGCAGAGGUAGCCUCUGGGUGGCGGCAGCCCGUGUGCGAGCCGGCAUCCUCCUCGCCUUGCUCGUUCCCAGCGCCGUGAGCAUCCACCCCGGGCGGUGUCCGCACCUGGUUCUGCGCCUGCUGCUGCCGGGAGGAUGGCACAGCCGGCGGCGGAGACGCGUGCCUGCGCCGCGGCAGCCGGAGGUGGCGGCGAGGAGCUGAACGGCAGGAAGGUGGCUCUCAUCACCGGCAUCACCGGGCAGGAUGGCUCGUACUUGGCUGAGUUCCUGCUGGAAAAAGGCUAUGAGGUACAUGGCAUCGUUCGUCGGUCUAGUUCUUUUAAUACAGGCCGGAUUGAACAUCUCUAUAAGAACCCACAGGCUCACACUGAAGGAAACAUGAAGCUGCACUACGGUGAUCUCACGGACAGCACCUGCCUGGUGAAGAUCAUUAAUGAAGUCAAACCCACUGAGAUAUACAACCUGGGAGCUCAGAGCCAUGUCAAGAUUUCUUUCGACCUAGCAGAAUAUACUGCUGAUGUUGAUGGGGUUGGCACUUUACGGCUCCUAGAUGCUAUUAAGACCUGUGGCCUUAUCAACUCUGUGAAGUUCUACCAAGCCUCCACCAGUGAGCUUUUCGGAAAAGUGCAAGAAAUCCCGCAAAAGGAGACCACCCCUUUUUACCCAAGAUCGCCUUAUGGGGCAGCAAAACUGUAUGCCUACUGGAUUGUGGUGAACUUCAGAGAGGCCUACAAUCUCUUUGCUGUGAAUGGCAUCCUCUUCAAUCACGAAAGCCCCAGGAGAGGGGCUAACUUUGUUACUCGAAAAAUUAGCCGAUCAGUAGCAAAAAUUCACCUUGGACAGCUGGAUUGUUUCAGCCUGGGCAAUCUGGACGCUAAGAGAGACUGGGGCCAUGCCAGGGAUUAUGUUGAGGCCAUGUGGCUGAUGUUGCAAACAGAUGAGCCUGAGGACUUUGUCAUAGCCACUGGGGAGGUCCAUAGUGUCCGUGAAUUUGUGGAGAAGUCAUUUAAGCACAUCGGGAAAACCAUUGUGUGGGAAGGGAAGAAUGAAAAUGAAGUAGGACGAUGCAAAGAGACUGGCAAGAUUCAUGUGACAGUCAAUCACAAGUACUACAGGCCAACUGAAGUGGAUUUUCUGCAAGGGGACUGUACCAAAGCCAGACAAAAGCUGAACUGGAAGCCGAGAGUCACGUUUGAUGAGCUGGUGAGGGAAAUGGUGGACGCCGACGUGGAGCUCAUGAGGAACAACCCCAAUGCCUGAGCCCUGGCUGGGCCCAACAGGCGUCACAGGGGUGACCCAUGCCAGGGGUGCACCCCACAACCAGCACCACCAUGAGCCACCAGGAUGGGUGGCCGCCUGCCCCUCCCUGUGAUGAUUUUACUGCUGGCCUACCCGUGCGUGAAAGCCUGGUUUUAUCCCCCACUCCACCCCACACACACUCCCGAUGCCUCUCGCCCCACACAUCAUCCAGGGUCAGCUCUGCCUGGGCUAACUCUGGCUUUUGCCAUUAACUGGGGAAGGGUCACUCCAGCCCGAUGCUGUACAUGAAGUACUGAUCAGCCAACGAGCCUACUGAUUUCCUUUUUUAAUUAAAACUCAUUAAUUACCUAGGACA